AAGGAACUUGCGCAGUCGAAGUGCAUCGAGUUUUCUAGCGAUUUCAUUGCCGACAAGAUGGCGUUCAACAUGCGAAGCCGCGCUCCCGCGAACGACACAAGGCUGUAUGAGGUUUUAGGAGUGUCUAAAAAUGCCAACGAAACCGAACUUAAAAAGGCUUACCGGAAACUGGCCAAGGAGUAUCAUCCGGACAAGAAUCCCAAUUCAGGAGAAAAGUUUAAAGAGAUCAGCUUUGCCUACGAGGUGCUGAGUAAUCCCGAUAAGCGGGAUACCUAUGAUCGAUAUGGGAUGGAAGGGUUAAAGGAAGGAGGUGGAGAGGGUGGAGGAUUCGAUGACAUCUUUUCCCAUCUCUUUGGGGGCGGGCUCUUUGGGGGUGGUUUUGGUGGAGGCAGGAGACCACGGAAGAUGAAGGGAGAAGACACGGUGCAUCGUCUUGGCGUCUCUCUGGAAGAUCUGUACAAUGGGAAAACCUCCAAGUUGCAAUUGAGUAAGAACGUCAUCUGCGCUGGCUGUAAAGGACUUGGCGGUAAGCCCGGAGCCAUGCAGCCUUGUCACAGCUGUCAUGGACGGGGCAUCAAGGUGACAAUACGUCAGAUUGGCCCCGGCAUGGUGCAACAGAUGCAGUCCUCCUGUCCAGAUUGCAGAGGCGAGGGUGAGCGUAUCAAUGAAAGGGAUCGGUGCAAGAAAUGCAACGGAGUCAAAGUUUGUAAGGAAAGCAAGAUCCUGGAGGUUCACAUUGACAAAGGCAUGAGAGAAGGCCAGAAGAUCACAUUCCAUGGUGAAGGUGAUCAACAGCCUGGGAUUGAGUCCGGCGAUGUCAUCAUCGUUCUGGUGGAGAAGGAACACGACACUUUCAAGCGCGCGGGCCACGACUUGUACAUUGAGCAGGAAGUGUCUAUAACCCAAGCCCUGUGUGGAUUCCAGAUCACAUUGAAACAUCUGGACGAUCGUCAGCUUCUCAUCAAGAACCCACCGGGAAGCAUUAUUCAACCAGGCUGUAAGCGUGUGGUGGAGAAUGAGGGUAUGCCACAUCACAGGAACCCAUUCACCAAAGGAAGUCUGAUCAUGAAAUUCAAUGUCGUAUUUCCGGAAAACAAUUUUGCUACCCCGGAGCAACUGAAAAAACUGGAGAAGCUACUGCCUCGCAGACCCAAGCAGGACCCGCCCGGUGAGGAGGCCGAGGAGGUCGACCUGGUGGAGUUUGAACCCCACCACACUAACUCUCACAACCACCGAGGCGAGGCCUACCAUGACGAUGACGACGAUGACGAAAGCGGGGGCGGUGGACCAUCCGUACAAUGCGCCCAUCAAUGAAAAGGCAGUAAAACCGCACGCCGCAGUGGACGUUUUUCAAAUCGCGGCUUCAAUUGCAGGUUUGGCCUCAACUGCAGAGCCAAAUCUGGAGAUGUAGCCAAGGUUUGGGAAAAGCCCAAUGUCUAUCGGCUUAUAGCAACUAAACAUUAAAAAAAACUUUAUCGAUGUGUAAUUAUUGGUAGAUUGGGCGAAUAAAUGAUUGGGGUGUUUUUUUUUUUUUUUCAAACUACCCUGUACAGUGAAUAGAGAGUUUAUAUGAGACAUCAGCCAUACACAAAUGCUUACAUGUGUGUUACUGUCACAAACUUAUUACCAAAACUGUGAAGCUCUGUGUGAACUAUCUAUCACUGAGUCAAAAAGGCACAUGUAAACUCUCUAUAGAAUAACGUUUGUGGCAGCCCUAAUUUAAUCAUAAGUAGUAUAGUCUCCAUGCAUAGGUAUUCCUUCAAUUGUGAAACGAUGAAAGGCUUUUGCUCAGUAUUUAGUGAUUCUUAAACCCACGGGUAAAAAACCAGCUGAGGAAGCACUUUUGGCUUUAAAGUCUAGAAAAUAUCUAGAAAGUCUAGCCAAAGUCUAGAAAAUGGUGAAUUUGACAAGGAAUAUACACUUUGAGUCAAGGUGUUUGUAUAUAUUGACCAGAUAAUACAUGCGUGAAAGUCAAUGAAUGGGACAGCAAAGCAAUUGGGAACUAUAGUCUUUGCAACACCAUUUAUUAGAGCAGUACAUGUACAUGCACUUGUGAUCUGAAAAUUAAGAUCAAAAUUUCUUUUUUAAUUUUCUCGAAAAACGGUACUGUCGGUAGAAAACACGUGACUCAUUAGUUAUCUCUGUCAAGUCGAAGUCGUGAUAGUUGAGUCCGAGUCUCAUUCUUUCAUUGAAGUGACUCGAGUCAAGAUUCACCAAAAUUGUGACGCGAGUCUUGAGUCCUGGACCUCAGUCAUGCAACUCUGUUGUUAGGCUACAAAAGACAAAACAAAAACCACCUGUAUAAAUUUGUGCAAUGGAGCUUAUAGGUGGAGCAAAUAGCCAUGUAAUGUAAGGAUAAUUUAACUUCUGCCUAAUGCGUGCACAGGCUGUCUGGUGAAUAUCUUUUCUUUUUGUACUUUUUUUCAGCCUUUAGAUAAAAGCCAGAGCCAAAAAAUCUCAGUAUUUAUAAUUCUUUGGUGUAUAAAUUAUUAUUAACCAUUGUAAUUAAGCAGUUUGACUUGUAAUACUUUAACGACUUAAUUAAAAAAUUCCUCUUUGAAACCCAUAUCAUUUGCACAGCAGGCAUUUAAGAAGUUUUUACGGAGCGUUUUCCAGCCUGAAGAAAACAAAUCCUCGUGGUAUUUAAUCCUGUCAUUUAAUUUACUAGUAACUGGUAUUGCAUUGUAUGAUUAUGCGCAGUCCAAAGACAAUCCUUUAUAUGUGUUGAUGAAUUCUUGCUGGCUAGCUUAUUUCACCAAAUGAUGUAGUGUUGCAGUAUGAGUAUAAGGAAUUUUGCUUCGAGUACGAGCACAUUUCAAUUGGUACACAUCUUCUCAAGGGCUUUUUGCAGUCAACUAGGCAUUAAACAAAUGCAAAGGCCUCCCACACAGUAGAAAUUUGUUCUUUUCCUGCAUGUACCUCUUAACCAGUUCACGCCGGGAUUAUUGUGACAUUGACCGCACCCAGGCGAGGGAUUGGUUUUCACAAACCUCAAUGCCAGACGGGUUCAGGCCCAUUUGUGGGUAGCACACCCUGAUAUUUCUGGCCUAGCUUGUGAGCGAGUCGCUGACAGAUAUUUCCGGCCUUGCUCGUUGCGUGUUUAUCCGUCAUCCGUUCCAAAUACGGCAAAACCUUUACAUGUAUACACGUCAAGAAAUUAAAAAUUCCGCCGGGAGUGCAUGUUUCCACAAGUGCGAGUACUUUGCCGUGGUUGCGAGCACAAAUACUGGUAAUUUUCUCCUUGUGAGGACGAAUACAAGUACAUUCUCAUGAGUGCGAGCAUGAACAAAAAAUGUACUCAAUUUCGAGUACGUGUACAAGUACUGCAACACCGAAAAUUAGAUUCAUGAAUGUGUGUAUGCCUGAUGCUGACCGUCUAUCACUUGCUUGAUUCUAUCCACAGAUAAAACAUUGUUUCCCCUGGCUUAUGUAAGCAAAUGGCUCUGGGCAAAAAUGGGAUCAGUUUAUGUACUGAAUGAAUGAAGUGUAAUGUCAUAUUUUUUAUGUGUUACAUAAUUUUUUUGUUUUUGUGUAAUUUGUUUGCUUUUUAUUAUUGUUAUGUGGAUACUAAAUGGUAGGUUUGAAUAUUAAAGGAAUGUGAACCAAAAUGAUGUGAAA